CGCACACACUUCCCACUCCUCGGUAUUCGGAGACCCUCGGCUUAAAGCCCACUAGCCUGUGAACUACCGUUGCCGUACCCGCCACUCCAGUGGAUUUAAGAGUUCAACGGCGGUUAGUUAACAGUAGUUGGAAGAGCCUAGGUGAAUAGUGUUACUGUGUAUCAACUCCCCGGAUCAGUCAUGAUGUCAUCGGUGUCACUCGGAAGGAUUGGUAACUACCUCGAGACCAAUCCCAUCACCAUAUAUUCAAUUCAAAAAACAUCCAACACAACCAUCCAACCCCUACCAAAAACCUGCAACCACCAUGCCCGUCCUCCCCAACCUCACCGCAACCCCCUUCACCACCGACCUCCACAACCGCCACCUAAUCUACGACUACUCGGCCCAAGACCCCCACGGCAACCCCGAGAAAUGGCGCUACGAGAUGUGGUUCUACAACGAGGACCGAAUCGUGUACGCCAUCCACGGCGGGCCCAUGGCCGGCCGCAAGAAUUUCCAAACAGCCACCUACCAAUGCAUUCGGCCGGGCGAGCUAUGGCAGUGUAAUUGGCUGGAAGAGACGGGUACGAUUUGCUCGUUGGUGUAUGAUAUCCCCCGGAAGCGGAUCACGACGUUGUUGGGGUUCUCCAAGGGACAUUGGGAGAGGAGUGAGGCGGCGCAUGGGGAUAAGCGGAAUCCGGAGGAUUUGGCGCGGUGGAGGGAGUUGGCGAGGAUUGGGUGUCAGACGGAUCGGGUGCUGUUGAGUGAGCAGGCGGAUGUUUUGGAGGAUUUUUGGGGGCCGGGGGAGUUGGAGCCGAUUGAGUUGGGUUGGGAGACGCUAUAGGGAGGGUAGGAUUACGGAGGUAUGUGUGCUGCAGGAGGGGGAUAGAGACUGGUGAGGGAAUGUUUUCGGAUUCAGGGUUUUGAAGUAUGUUUAUUGAACAUGUAGA